CGCGCGCGACAACCAGUCUCUCUGCGGCCGUUGUGCAAACAAGUGUUAAGAUUUACUCGUAGGCAAAAUGUGCGGGGAAAUGGGAAAGGCGGUUCUGCGGGCGCUGACCGGCGCGCUGCUCUGUGGGCUCGUGUCGGACGCUGCAUAUUUGCAGAGAUACGAGCAGUACCCUAUCCGUUACGAGCAAGCUGUAUACCGCAAGCCCCUGCGCGAACAUGAAAAGCCGCAAGACUUGCGCAACGUGCCUGGGAUCCCUGGCGUGGACUACCCUAUCUACCACGAAGUUCCUGAGACUGGGUUCUCUUGUGCACAUGUGCCUGUACACCCUGGAAUGUACGCAAAUGUGGAGACUGGAUGUCAGGCCUACCACGUGUGCCACGACGGGCGAGAAGGCCACCAAGGAGCAUCUUUCCUCUGCACUAACGGAACCCUGUUCGAUCAGGAGAAGUUCGCCUGCGACUGGUGGUAUAAUGUCGAUUGUGGCCAGGCUAUAGCACAUUACAAAUUAAAUGCAGAUCCUCGUAAAAACCCUUACGUACCAAAACCUAAACACGAAGAAGAAUUAGAACACGAAGGACCUCACGGCAUUCCCUAUAAAAGGAUUUACCAUUAAAUUUAUACUGUCAUUUACAUUCCUAUUGCUUGCAUCGUUCUACAUUUUGGAAUCUCAACAAAAAAUCUCACCUAGCCCUAUUAGGUAAUAAAGGUGCACAUAAAUUUGACGAAUUGCCUCAGGCACUAGUUUUUAACAAAAAUAUUGCUAUCUGACUCCAAAAUAAAAAAAUACCUACUAUUACUACUGCUCGUACCUACUAUUGCCAUUAAUUCUAUCAAAAAUGUUUCAUCAUUGUAAGAUUAGUACUUAGUUAAGUAGGUAGUAGGUAAGUUUAGGAUUUUAAGAUUACCAUUCUCAUGCAUUAGGUUAUUUAUUUGCUUUGUCUUUUAAAUUGUGAUACGUCUAAAUAAGAAAUAUAAAUCAAUUUUGUUAAUAAAUCUAUGCCUAUACCUUGUCUUUUAUACUCAGUCACUGAUUGGGUUGCUGAUUUCGGAAAACUUUUAUUUUGUAUUGUUUACAGAUGGAAAUAAAAUGCGUUUCCAGUUUA